AUGCAAUCACAUGGAUUUUCAAACCAAGCAUAUCUUUAUACAGGUCUCGCUGUCCAGAUAGCGUGCUCUCUAGGUCUGCACUGCGACAAAUAUUGUGCUUCGUACGGUGGUGUUGAGAAGGAACAAGCCCGUCGUGUCUGGUGGUCUCUUAUCGUAUUCGACCAAGAUCUCUCAUUGCGCCUAGGCAAGCCAUUUGCAACGAAAGAAUCCUGGUGCCCACCGUUACCAUCUGAAGUGAUUCUUCCAUCUGGCGCUUAUAGUCCACCGGAAUAUCUCGCAGCGUGCAAAGAACUCAGUCUGCUGGUGAGCAUAACCCAAAAACGUUUAUACAAAGAUCCAUUCGUGCUUCACCAUGAGAUAGAGAUAAAUGCUCUUCUGGAAAUCCUUGCUAGCUUGACGCAAUGGUCCGAUAACCUGCCUCCACAUUUGCGAUUGUUGGUCCCAACUGCACCCUUACAUCGCAGACCAAUUUCACUCCUCCAUCUCCGAUACCACGGUAGCCGACUGCUCAUCGCCCGUCCAUUUCUACUGUAUCAACUGCUGUUCCAGGCAAAUGGACCAGAGACCCCAAAAUCUUCCAGUCUCGACACCUUCAGCGCCAUCUGUCUGACUUCUGCGGAGCAGAUGUUAGCCAUUCUGCAAAGCAUGGUGAAUGAUGGAAUUCACUCUAAACUUAUUGCUAUGGAUUUCUACUACGCGUUGGACAUUCUUCAUAUUUUCUUGGCAUCAUUUGCCCUCACGGCAGACCAGAAGCAGUUUGAUAAUAUUUACAGGUGCCUUAAAAUUUUGCAGGCCAUGGGUACUACGGGGUUUGGGGAGAGAAUGCUCCCAGAAGUUUUAUUUGAGCUAAUAGAAUGGGGAAUAUUCCCAUAUCAGCUAGACAAUCGUGCUGAUGGUCACAUGGAGGCUCAGCAAAAUCUACAGAAUUGUCUUCAGGACUUGGAUGAGUCACUAUCAAAUGGUGAUGCCCCAAGUGAGAUUCAUGACUGGUAUGCUGUUCCACCCAAACUUACAAGCCGCCAAAAGCCAAGCGGGAUUUUCUCGCUUGAUGUUCCUUUAGACUUCCCGAGCGAAGAGGUGAUGGGUGAAAUUCUCUGCCCCUCUGUGGAAUGA